AUGGACAUCAAGUCUGAAAAAGGCGACGCUCAAGUGCUCACAGUUGAUCAUACGGACACUAACUCCAUCAUACGUGCCGAUGACCUGAAGCUUGCCGAAUUGGGGUACAGGAGCGAGUUUCGUCGAGAAUUCUCUCGUCUGGAAACAGUAUGUUUUGCCUUCUCAAUUAUGGGAGUGAUUGCGAGCGUCUCUUCGACUCUUUCUUUUGGCAUUUUUAAUGGUGGUCAUGUAGGCAUGGUUUUUGGGUGGCUCAUACCUUCCUGCUUUGUUAUGUUCGUUGCGCUCUCCAUGGCAGAAUUAGCCUCUUCCAUGCCAACGAGCGCUGGACUGUAUUACUUCUCCGCGAAGUUAGCACCUCCAAAAUAUGCCCCUCUUGCAAGCUGGAUAACCGGGUGGGCAAAUGUUACUGGGCAAGUGACGCUAGUCUGUGGCAUAGACUUCACUUGCGCCCAGAUGAUUACGACUGCGAUCGCUGUAAAUAGCGACGGCGCUAUAAUUCUAUCUUCUGGCGCGACAUUCGGCAUUUUAUUAGCCAUUUUGUUCUCCCAUGGAAUAGUUUGUUCUUCAGCAACCAGCGUGCUUGCUCGAUUGAAUCUAUUUUACGUUCUAGUCAAUGUCGGAACAAGUAUAGCUGCUAUUGUAGCUCUCCUUGUCCUUUCAGACGGAAAAAGGGCGUCUACAUCGGAUGCCUUUACUCUUUUUGAAAACAAUUCGGGUUGGAACAAUGGAUGGGCGUUUAUGCUAGCAUUCACUGCACCUAUGUGGACUUUGACAGGAUACGAUUCUGCUGCCCACAUCUCCGAAGAGACUGCCAACGCAGCGAAAGCGGCGCCUCUUGCUAUCAUAGUGUCGGUUAUUGGAACGGCGAGCCUUGGAUGGUUAUUGUUGAUAGCUACCUCAUUUGCCGUUCCAUCGGUCUCAGAUAUUCUGACAACAGACCUUCCUCUUCCAAUGGGGCAGGUGUUCCUGAAUGUUCUGGGGAAACGUGGCAUGCUUACUAUCUGGUCCUUGAUUAUCGUUGUCCAGUACGUAACUGGGGCGGCGCAGGCGGUCGACGCCUCUCGUGUGGUUUUUGCCUUUGCACGGGACAAUGCCCUUCCAGGUUCCCGACUUUGGAAGAGAAUGAACAAGUAUACACAAACCCCAGUGAACGCUGUGUGGUUCGUCAUCGGUGUAGCAGCACUCUGUGGGGUAUUGGGAUUCUCUGAGACUGCAUUAACGUCACUCGCUGGCUCCUCUGUGAUUGGGUUGUACACGUCAUAUGCUGCGCCAAUAUUCCUACGCAUUACUUCUGGACGCAAUAAACUCAUCCCCGGUCCUUUCAGCUUGGGUAAAUGGGCCACGCCCAUCGGUGCAGUCGCUGUUUCAUGGGUAACUUUUGUUGUGUUGAUGCUAUUUUUCCCACCUCAUCAAGUAACCUCGGCGCAAGAUAUGAACUACUCGGUGGUGAUCAUUAUGGGUGUGUUCAUCUUCGCGUCCUUAUCUUGGGUAAUUUCUGCCCGUAAAUGGUUUACUGGGCCCGUUCGGAACAUUGACGAGAGCCCCACUAUGUCCAUCAAACAAUCAUAA